AUGUCGGACUUCGACAUUGUUGAAAAUAAAAAGGCAAAAUCAUCUAUAUGGCAGUAUUUUGGGUUAAAACGUCAGAACGGCGAGUUGGUUGUAAAUACGGCAGUUUGUAAAAUUUGUAAAAUGUGCGUAAAAUACAGCGGCGGAACAUCAAAUUUAGGGUCACAUAUGAAUGCGCAUCACCCUUCUAAAAGUUCUAUCAGCACGGACAAGUUAAGGCAGCCCACGGACAAGUUCAGGCAGCCAUCCGAAGAAUCAUCUGAUCAAAAACCCAUCAAGGUGAUCAAAAAUGUCACUGGUACUUCUUCCACUCAGUCCUCUAUUCCCAUGUUACUUGCCAGCAAGACUAAAUACGCUGCAAACUCGGACAAAGCUAAAACAAUAACAUCAACUGUUACUAACUUUCUCAUUCAUGAUAUGAGACCAUUUCGUACUGUUGAAACUCCAUGGUUCAAGAAGAUGGUAGCAGCUCUCGAUCCCAGGUAUUCCCAUCCCAGGUCGCAAACAGUUCUCGUCGAUUCUGAUCCCUCAAAAAUAUGCAGAAGUGCGGGAGAUUGUGAAAUUGCUAUAACCACGGAUGGCUGGACGAGUAGAGCCACAGAAAGCUACAUCACGGUCACUUCAACACACAUCAACGAAAAAUGGGAGAUGAAGAACUAUGUACUGAUGACUAGAGCCAUGCCUGAUAGUCACACAGGGCAAAAUAUUGCAGAUUUCCUGAAGGAAGCCCUGGUAGAGUGGGGAAUUCCACAGACCCCUCUCUACUUAGUAUCUGACAACGCUGCCAACAUGAAGAGGGCAGGGGAGAUUCUGCAGUGUGAAUUACAUCUCGGGUGCUUCGCUCAUGUGUUAAAUCUUGCUGCUCAAAAGGGUCUUAAAGUCAAAGGUGUUUCAGCUAUUCUUGCCAGAGUUAGACAUAUCGUAGCUUUUUUCCAUCGCAGCACUACAGCUGCCGCUCUUCUGAAGGUUAAGGCCAGUAAUCUUGACUUACCGAACCAUAAACUCAUAAUAGAUGUUGCAACUAGGUGGAACAGUGCUUAUGAUAUGUUGGAGAGAUAUUUAGAAAUGCAGGCUGCAGUAGUUGCUGCCUUGUUGUCAGGUGAACUAGCACACAAAGACAAGAAUAUGAAAUUCCUACAAGAUGAUGGCAUAACACUUGCAACUAAGGUCACGGAAUGUCUUAAACCUCUCAAGCAGGCGACUACCAUGUUGUGUAGUGAAAAGAGUCCAACAGUGUCCAUUAUCAUACCAUUGUACAAUAAACUUUGUAAUGUUUAUAUGAAUGUUUCAGAUAAUGACCUGCCCGCCAUAGCAUCCAUGAAAGCAGCCAUUGCAGAUGAUCUGAAAGGUCGUUAUGAUAAAAGCCAUAACAUACUACUGAAGGCUACAGCUCUUGAUCCUAGGUUCAAGGUUCUUGCACAUCUUGAUGAUCAAAAAAGGUUUGAGGUAUACAAUGAUCUGACAACAGAUCUUGCAAAAUUGUCUAGGCCCGUUGCCGUUGUACAGGUGAAACAAGAACCUGGAACCUUGGGUACAAAUGCUGUUACCAAUCAGGGUGCAACACCUGAGUUACCAGCUUUACCUGGUACGUUACAGAAAUCUUUUGACACUUCCCCUGUUGCCAAAAAACCAAAACUUGAGUCCAGUGCUUUGUCUGAUUUGCUAGGUGAUGUAUAUGUUACAAAGGUUGAGGAAGCUGUUUCUCCUUUAAAGCAGGCAGAUAUUGAAAUUCACAAAUACCAGGAACUGUCAUCAGUUCCCCUUAGUGAAGAUCCCCUAAAGUGGUGGAGGGAUAACCAAGGUCAUUUCCCCCUCCUAUCUUACCUUGCAAGGAAGAUGCUUUGCAUCCCCAGUACUAGUGUCCCUUCUGAGAGGGUCUUCAGCACAGCUGGCGAUAUAAUUUCAGAUCAAAGAGCAAGCUUAAAACCAAAACGUGUUGACCAGCUGAUAUUCUUAAAAAAGAAUAUGGAUGCUUAA